CCAGCACAUGCCUUGGGUGCAAUACGACGGGCAGCGCACUGGCCUGAGUUAGGUACCGACCACGCACAACCUCGUCCAAGUUCAACGGUGCGCUCCCAAACGAAGAUUGAGACUGCACCCACCCAUAGCAGCAUCUUCAUCGUCGCACCGUUCGUGGCUCAGUUUCGAAAUCGCCGCUCUGCAUGGUCGUCGAGGCUGCCGCAACGCUGCCUUCCACACAGCACCACCGCCACCUCAUCAUGCGCAAGACUCAUGCGAUGGGCAACCACGACGUGACACAUGACGAACGAGCGCAUUAUGUCAGACGGCUCGUCCAGGAAGUCGUCAAGGUGUACACAUUGCUGCAUUCGCCGUUUGACAGGGUCGCCGUGCACGAGACUUGCAAAGCGUUGGAGCACGAGGUGUGGGAAACCGCCCCGAACGCUGACGACUACGUCCGCCAAAUACGCGCCCAAGUUCAAUCCAUCUCAAAACGAGGACGGUGCCUUCUUCAGCAGCGAGAUUUCGAAGACGCCUCCAGAAUCGACAGUCGGCCUCCAACCACUGCUCAGCGCUUGUCAUUGUACGAACCUCAUACGUUGUCGGCAACUCCAGAGGAAUCGAAACGACACCUUCAACAAGCGCACCUCCGUCAAGCACUGAGCACCUCGUGGCUGAAGUCCCAACGUAAAGCGACUCGCUUCCGGUGGGAAGGUCCUGCUGAUGUCCAAGAAGAAGCAUAUGUACAGAGUGUUCAAAAAGCCGCGCGCAGUGACAUCUAUGAAGCUGUGCGGAAUCUGUAUUACAAUCAACUUGUCACCUACGAAGAACAGCUUCGUCAGUCGCUGGACGUCGAGCACCGCGACUGGGUGGCGUACGACUUGAGCGUCGUGCAAGGUUUUCUCGCCACGCUAAACUCGGCAGCGCCAACCUCAGCUUCCCAUCACCACCACCACCACAACACCCACACGCUGCAUUGCCAGAUCGAAAAAGUCCUCAAGGAGAAGGCUCUGUUCGACUACAUGUGGGAGAUGGAACGCUGCAAGGUGUUCAACAUGCCAAUUUCCCCAGACUCCAAUUAUUUACACCCUUAACUAUAUCGUUUUUCCCC